AUGUAUAAAGUAUUUACAUCAUUGUGGUCUAAACCGCUAUCACCAACAACAUCUACAAAUAACAAAACUCGAUUCUCAUCGGAUUCAUUGAUCGAUGAAGAUGGUUGGGUUCUUGUGUCAGAUACUAUUGUAGAUUCAAAUAAAACUUCACCAAAUGAUAUAAAUAGUAUUAUGACAAAUAGUUGGAUAGCAUCACCACCUUUAAUGAGAACUGAUCAAUCACCAUCUAUAAAUAGAUCAUCUUCACCAAAUACACAUCAUUUUAAUCCAAUUGAGAAUUUACUUAUUGAACAUGCGAGUAUGAGUGUUUACGAACAGAUUGCUUCGCGAACACGUGCUAGACGUCAUCGAAAAACUGCUAAUGAUACUAAACUCGACGAAAAAGUUGAAGAAGUUAAAAGUGAUGAUGAUGAUGAUCGAUCAUCUGUUGUUCUUCAAUAUACAUCUCAACAUCCGAAUAUAUCAUCAAUUCAUCAUCGAAAUUUAAAUGUAUCUUUAUGUCAUUCAACAAAUUCUUCAGUAUCAACACUUGAAUCAUCAACAUCAUCACUUGUUGCUCAUCAUCGUCAUUUACAACGAAUUCAUCAACGACGACGACGAUCUGCUAAAACAUCAUCAAAAUUAAUGUUAACAAGUAAUACGGAUGAAUCCAAACAAACAUUCAAUAAAAUAAUUGAACGACAACGUUUAAAUUAUGCUCGUACACCUAAACUUGUUCUCCAUCAACCAUCCCGUGCAAACCAUUAG